AUGAGGAUUAUUUGGCCGUUGAUCGCCAUCAGCGCCGUCGUUCAUUGCAUUGGCUAUUUUGACUCCAAAGAGCUUCGGUAAUGAAAUUGCCCUCCAAAAUAAUUGAAUUCCAGAGAAAAAAAUUAAAUUCUUUCACCGCAUUGCGGAUAUUCUAUUCUCAAAUUGUGUACAUUUUUGCUAAUCACUUGAGAAGAUGAUUUCAUAAUAAGAAAAACUUUCAGGGAAGUGACUUACAAUGCCGAGAUUUCGAAAAACUUGUUUUGGUUUGCGCCCGAGUUCAAAAUCGGACAACUGAAUCGCGAAAACUUUGACCGAAAUGUUGAACAUUUGAGCAAAAAGAUGCCCGAGGUAGAUUUUCUGAAGAAAACCAUUUUUUUUCAGUUUUCUGUAAAGUGAAAUAUUUCGAAAAGGUUUUUUUGUUCUCACUAACAUUGCCGCUGCUAUUCACUCUUUUUCCAAUUUUUAAAGAGAGAAUGAUUUUUUUCACUUUCAGAUAAGGUUUUAUUCUCACCAGAAGAUUGACAUAAUGUUGAAAAAAAAAUAAUUAGCGUCCAGCGGUAUUAUAAAAUUGAGGUCGACGACGUCAAUUAUAUUUUGAUCACGAACAAAUUUGGACAAGAUUUCAUUUGCAACAUCCCACAGCUCAAAGUGAGGAUUUCAAUAGCGAUGUUAGUUUAGAAAUAUGUGUCUUCAGGUGGAAGAAGAAGCAACUUCGGAAGUUUCGCAGAGCAAAAACCCGAAGUUCUACUCGAGUAUCAUCGCCGCCGCUUUUUACAUCGACCCUUGUGUUCUCUAUGUGAUAAUAAAGCUCCUCUUGAAAUAUUUGUUUUCUUUUUUCAGGAACAUGGCUGGUGGACGUAUGAGGUUUGUUUCAAAAUAGGAGUGACUCAGCAGCAUGGAUUAGGUUCGUCUUUCUUUUUCUUUUUUCUUUUUUCAUGUUUCACGGCUCGUGUUUAGCCGGCAAAGCAGAUUACAUUUCGAAUUCUCUCGGUUACCACACUGGACUUUUCCAAAUGCCCAAUUACACGGUGAGCUUUUUCAGAAAAAUACUUCCGAAUUAUCAAAAAUAUAUAUUUAUUUAAAUUUUUUUCUCAAAUUUAGUACCUGAGCCUCAAUAUUAUGCGAGUUUUCUCCUAUACAAGUUUUAACCGAGAAAAAAACACGUUUUUUUGUCGAUUUCUUUCCGGUCUAGGCAGAGCUGUUCUCGGGGCGACCGCGGUCGACCGAGGGCCCCCCGACUUGCGGCAUAUUCGAGGGCGGCCGCGGUCGGCCUUUGGUAAGGGUCAACUCGGACGACCCGUAGAUACAAAUUUUGUUUUGACUCCCGGUUUUUUGCGAAUUAUGGAAAGCGCAAGUUUUACUGAAAUGAAAGUGAAACAAAAAAACAUUUUUUAUCGAGCACAUAAAGAGAAAAACCGAUGAAAUGAGAUAUUAAUCCAAAAAUUCAAUAGUUUCCUAAGUGACCAGAACAAUUUACAGAACUAGAGAAAACAAAUUAAUAAAUAAAAAAUAAUUUGAAAUUUUCACAUCAUCAGGAAUUUCAUUUUUGCAAAAAAUUCAUUCAAACCACUAUUUGAAAUAUUAUUUUAUUAUUUACAAAGAGAAAAACGAAAAAGAUGCGAAAAAGUGAAAUCAAAAAGCACGAUUUCUGUCAAAAACAAUAAAAUUAAAAUUUUCAUGGAUCAUAAAUAACUUAAAAGUUCAUUUUCAAUAUAAAAAACUAAAAUAAAAACAAAAAAUACGGAAAAAAAAUCCUUGCGCUCGCUUCGGGGGCCUGAAUGAAAACCGCUUCGCGGGCCGGGGCGCUCAGGGGCGCGUCGCGGUCGGGGCGGCCUCGGCCAGGGUCGCCCCGACUUGAGAACAGCUCUGGGUCUAGGCAUAUUUUCCACUUGUCCUUGAGUCAUGUUUGUAAUGCUCGAUGAACGCUCAAAAACUCGGAGAAGAAACUUUAGAUGAAAGUUUCAGACAUCAACCACGGAUCGUCCACUUUAUGUGGAAGAAAUUUACGAGGGUGGCACCGACUGUGAACUCAACGGCGGGACGGUCAAAAGGAAAACUGUCGUUCGAGUACCUUUCGAAUCUUGUUUCCUUCAAAACUCGGAUGGUUUCAGUACCAAUGCGACCUGCGUCUCGAAACACACGAGGCAGAAAUCGAAUCUGUUCUCGAACCUGCUCAAUGCGAGUACCUAAUCCUCCUCAGAGUCGGUUCUUUGUGUUCAAAACCCGAGUUCCUCUCUCCAAAUCAGGUUGUUUAACGUUUUUCUUUCUGAAGUUCUUACAUCUUUAGAAAAACCUGCUCAAAAUUCGCUGUCAUCCUUACUUAAACAAGGCUCUCCUCAAGUCGUAUCUUCGACGGGAGCUCGCGAAAAGAGAGAAAAUUGUUGGUUUUUUCUUGAUUUGUUCUGUGACGGAUAAAUUCAGGUUUCUAAUGAGAGAAGGCUGAUUGAAACUAAUGAAAAGUUGCGAAGUGUUAUUCGCCGCAGAAUCGCGUUGCUUCGGACCGAGCGCUUGGGGGACAAGUCUCCUGAGGUUUUGAAAUAAAAAAUAAGCUUUUUGCGAGAUCGAGUGGAAAACGUUUCUCGGAAAAAAAAAAGUUUCUUUAGGUCUCUCAGUAUGAAGAAAUUGCUUUCAGAGCGAAUUGAGACUUGAUUUCUUCUAACUUCUUUUUUGCAAGGAAAGUCAAAGAAAGUAUUUGAAAACGAAAAUGGUACCAAAGAGACAUCUAACUCUCUUCUUUUUGCACACUUUUUCCCAACUCGUUAUAUAAUGACUUGAUACAACUAGAAACUAAAAUAUCGUUGAUCACUUUCGAUUUCCUUUUCGAAUUUAGUACUUCAGGAUUGAGUUCAAAUGAUUUCAGCGCUUCGAUAUUCGUCGAAGCGUCAAAAUGGAACUCUUUGCGGCUAUGUACGACAACUACGUGGCCAGUUACGAGUGUAAGUUCGAUACAAGGCUUUUUUUCUGACUUCUCUCAAUUUCAGUCAGCACCGGCUUUCUUCCCAAGCAAGAGGCUGAAGAGGCCAUAUGGACGCUAAUCAAUAACGUUGUGUUCCACGACCAAUUUUAUCACGGUGCAAAGCUCGACAUACCAUUCAAAACAAAUCUUCAUUUUCCAGAAGCCUACAUGAAUUUAGUGGACGAGAACGCGGGAAAUCUUUGGUACUACUUCAAAGAUCCUUAUUGGCCGAAAAAUCAGUUCCCACGGGAUAUCAUUUCUGUGCUAGUAAGAAGAAUCAUUUGAUGAGAAUGCCAUGGGAAUAAUUCUAGGUUCGAAAUCAUUUCUUCGAACUUUCGAUUGACUCUUUGAAAGAUUUUGCAAUUGAGAAGGAUCGCGUAGCACAGUAAGUUCAACUUGGCUAGGCUAACUAUAACUGUCGAACUUUCAAGGCUUCGUCUCGUUUCUAAGUUCAAUUUCGAAGAUCUCAAGGAUAUGGCUAUCAUCGACACUGGAACGGUCAGUGUCUUUCUUUCACACUGAGAACGUUUCUGAGCUAAUAGAAGUAAUAUCUAAAGAAGGGGAAAGAAGGAAAAAUGAAGGAUAGCUCAAAUCUCGAGAGUUACUUUGCAAUGACCGUUUUUUCCAGACCUUAUAGAAUACGGUUCAAUAACGAUAUUGAGAAUUCUGUAGACUUCUCCAACCCACUGUGAAUAUCCUGUACAGUUUUUCUGAGGCGAAUCGAAAUAGUGGUUUUUCAUUUCCGAAGUUUUUCAAUUGUGAUCAAUUUCGAAAUAUAUAUUUACUCAGAUUUUUGAAGAGUUUGGUUUUUCCUAAGCAAAAUGUUCUAUAGUUUUAAUAACUUAGAGGUUAUGACAUUGAUUUUGAAUUACAACGAAAAAAUUGAACGCUUCGGAGGUCGCCACGAAUGAAAAUUGCCCACAGGAGAUUUUUUUCGCCUCUAUGAAGACUUUUUUUGAGGUGGUGAAGCAAAUGGCUCGGAAUCUGAAUGUCCCAUGGCGACACACGAUGCAACGGAUCAUGCACGACCACGACGACUACGCCCGGGAAAUUCACAUGCGGCUUUCCAGCUUUGAUUCAAACCGACCCAACUUCAAUUAUCUCGGAAUACGCUGGAAGUUCGUCGAAGAAGUCUACAACCACAAGCUCGAUAUCAUUAGCGACGCUUCCAACCUCGACAAUCCAAAACUUUAUCCUUUCGGAGGAAAAGUGUAUGUUUCCCCAGCUCCGGUAUGUGUUCAUCGGUUUUGCGUUCUGCAGAGAUUUGUUAAUGGACGACGUUGUGAAGAUGAUUAACAAAAAUAUUGGGAAGCUCAACGAUCGCGAUUUCCAAUCGUCGUUCGUCUACAAAUAUCUCAAAAUUGGAGAAAUCGUCAAGUUAAUAGACGACGAUCCUUUGGAAAUCGCUUGGGUGAAAGACCGACAGAGUAGUCUCGACACUCUCCGACAAGCCUUCUACACAGAAAUCGAACCGAUUUAUUGGAUGAUUUUCGUUUGUUUUUCUUUCUUUUCUUUUUUUGAAACCGGCAGCCAAAUGAUAUUCCUAAUACUGCGGUAAAAGACAGAGUAAAAAAAUCUGUUACCGUUUUUUUUUCGAAACCACUUCUUUUUAAGUUCACAAGUGUUCAUGAAAGAAGUCUGUAAUUUCAGAAAAAAGUUUUACUGAGUUGAUCCAGUUCCUUGAUUCAGGUUCAAGAAAACGAGAAGUGGAUAAAUUAUUAAAGUAAUAUCUUCUGUAAACCCUUUACGACAGAAUGUUAAACUCUAAAAUGACUCAAAAAAUGAUAAUGGAGUUUUUUGUUUUGAUUUACUCCAACUAAUUAGAAAAAAAUUUGAAUCCAGGUUUUGUAUCUUCAAAAAAUUUAUUCUGUUCUCUCAGAUGGUGCACAGCGUGCAAGGAAACAUGAAACUAGCGUUCAGUACCGAGGUGAUGAUCGCGAACAUGGGUCCGAAUUUCCAUCGAAUGGAAAGUGACGUCCUCGAGUUUGCCGAUUUCUUCGCUCAAACGGUUCUAUUAGUCCUGGAGAAGUUAUUUCCAAAUCGGGAACGCAGAGAAACUUUUUUUUUCAGGAAUAUGGAGAUGAUUAAUAAUGGUUACGAAGGCCCAGCGCCUACACUUGAACAAGCUAAAAAGUUUUCUUUGCUGCAAAAUUUUUUUUUUCAAAGACGUUUCAGACACUGGAUCGACUACAGACGUUCGCAGAUGAUCCCAUUCUAUUCCGUUUCAAAGGGGCAGGAAAUAGUGAACACGAGAAAAGAGAAAAAUGUCCUCGAACUAUCGGAAAUUUCAGGAAGAACGCAAAAAAAUGAACUGGAGCUUCGCCUUCAGAGCGGAAAUGAACGCUAGAGAAGUACUCUGGAAAAAAGCGUUGUCCGACGUUUCGAAAAUUAUUGCCAGAAAAGUUUGUUUUUUUUUUCAAUAUGACUUCGAGAGUAAAACUAUAUUUUAUUCACCGCUGGUUUCGGAAAAUAUUUGAUAAGCGUCUUAACAUGUUUAGCAAACCAUAUUAAAAAAAGAAGGUAAGAAGUUCAUAUAGAUUUUUUUGAAGCAAACAGAUAGUUAUCAAAAAAACUUCCGAUUGCUCAAUCUCAACCUUAUAAUUCUUUACUUCCAACCUCAGUACUUUGAGCUGAAAGUUUUUUACAGGUUAAUUAUGAAAAAAUCCUCCUAGAUUUCGAUAAAAUAGGAAAAAUUUUACUUUGGCAGGAUUCCCUGUACCGAAAAUCAGCGGCAUUGUUGCGUGAAAAAAGAUCCAAGGCCGGUACGAGCAGCCUUGCCGACCCCGACAUGCUCGCCUUCCAUCUGGACCCUCUUACGGACACUUUGGUGAACUUAGAAGGUGAAUUUAUGAGAUAGAAUAUGAAAACUAAUCCGCGUGAACAUACCUUUUCCCUUUAUAAUAAGAACAUUUCAGAUAUGUUCGUUGGAAAGAAGGUCCUUGACUACGUCGAUCCAAAUGUCCCGAUUUUCAAAAAACCAGAGGAAAGUUAUGAAGCCUUGAGAAAAGCUGGAUUGAUAGGUUUUUCAAAAGUGUUUCACUUAAGGGUUUUUUCCAGAUUACAGAGAACCGUUGAAACUGGUGAUUUUGGAGUCGCUCGUAACUGGAGAAGUGAUUCUGGAGAAAGGCGUCGAGCGGGAGGAGGAAAGCAAGCAAAUCAGGAUGGAGCUGCCUUUCAUGGAGCUCCAGGACAACUACUCGGCUGAAAUUUACACGAAGGAAGAGCUUUCGGCGUUUUCUUCUCCUGAUUCCUCCGAAGAUGUCGUCGAACCAGAGACUUCACCUGAAAUCAACGAGCCUCCAACUCAAGAAACAAAGUCUCCCACUGAAAAGAAAGAACUCUAA